UGAAUUUUAAAUUUAUUUAAUUCACGCUGCGGUUAAAAGUGGCUUAAGAAAAUGAGACAUGUGACAACUGAACAUAAUGCAUAUAUCCCUGCUGAUUUAAAGACCUCAUAAGCUGACUUAAACUCAGCCACAUACCCAAUUAGCAAACACAGCGACUAAUCAAGUGCCAAGUAGCAUUGAGGAACAAUGAUGAGAUGAGAUGCAUUGGCUGAGAUGCUAUCGGAUGUCCCGACUUGCAGGCAAGGUGCACCCAACGGAACCCCACUUAGUAUUGAUAAUAGUUAGUGUCACCCGAUGCCACCUCAGACACACACACCCCCACACACACACACACAAAGGCACACUCACACAAUUAGGUUAGUGGGUGAGACGUAUAAUCAACUUAUGGGUCGCAUUGUAUUUUGCAUAAUUAGAUGGCUUGCCAUCGCCUUGACGGCUUCGAACUGACCAAGUAUGAGGACUUAUUUAAGGACAGACUUUCUUAUGCAAUGCUUGCCACCACGGCUGGUUACCUGAUUGCCUGCCUGCCUGCCUCUCUGCCUGAUGGCACUUGAUUUUUCAUUAACGACUUGUGGUCCGGGCUGGUUGGGUUAUUCGACUGCAUUGCGCUCGUGUUGAUUCCAUUUAAUAACUCGCCAUCAGAAGAAUGCAAAUCGAAGUUACCACUUGAACAAAAAACUAGUUAAACUGCCAACAGCCAACUAAUUUCUUAACUCUUGGCUAAUUGUCCAAUCAAAUCUGUUAAUAAUCAAACUGCCAACAGCAGUCGACAGUGACCAGUUCAAACAAUUAAAAUCAUAAAACUCAUCCGAAAAGCGGGCAAAGUGCACUGAAAUACACAAGGACAAAAGAUUGACGACGAGAUAAACGGAACUAAUGCGAGUCAAGAAAGUGGAUGAGCUUAAGAAAUUAGGAAAAAGUCUCGGAAUGCAGCCAGUGGCAAGUGCAACUUCCGGUGCAUAAAUGAAAAUAAACAGCACUGGCAAACAAACCAGAAAACGAGAACUGUCAGCAGCAGUAGAUGGUCAGCCUGUUUACUGGCUCGAGCGGCAAAUGUUUGGGAAACGGAUGUGUAGAUUAGGCCAGAACUGUUGUUCGUCAGACGUCUAAACAAUGGACUCAACAACAGCAACACAACGAACAACAACAAUUACAAAAUUCCGCAAUAUGUGCAAAAGUAACAAAGCAACAACAAGUGCGACAAGAACAACAUCCGGCAGUGCGUCGGUUGACCUCAUCGACAGGAGCAGCAGGAGCAGCAGGAACAGCAGGAGUUGUCAUCCGUCUUUGCGGGCGCAAGGACAACACUUAAAUGUGCGCAUAUUUAAACUUCUGAUUAGCAGCUGCGCUCUAAUGUGCUGCAUUUAUACAAAUGCCUGGCAAGUGUCCAUUGGCCAACUUGGUGUCAUGGCCGGCAGCAUCAAGGGACGCGGCGAUACGCAUCGCCUGGAUGAGAUUGCUGCCGGCUCACUGACUCGCUCCUGGCUAACGCAGAGCAAUAAUCAUGCAAAUAUCUCCGAAUUGCUCGACAAUUUGCUGCGUGGCUAUGACAAUAGUAUUCGACCCGAUUUCGGUGGCCCACCCGCCACCAUUGAGGUGGACAUAAUGGUGCGCAGUAUGGGUCCAAUAUCAGAAGUGGACAUGACCUACUCGAUGGACUGUUACUUUCGGCAAUCCUGGGUGGAUAAACGUCUCGCGUUCGAAGGUGCACAGGAUACGCUGGCAUUGUCAGUGUCAAUGUUGGCGCGCAUUUGGAAGCCGGAUACGUAUUUUUACAAUGGCAAACAGAGCUAUUUGCAUACGAUAACCACCCCGAAUAAGUUUGUGCGCAUCUAUCAGAAUGGCCGCGUCCUCUACUCCAGCCGGCUGACAAUAAAGGCAGGCUGUCCCAUGAAUCUCGCGGAUUUUCCCAUGGAUAUACAGAAAUGUCCGCUGAAAUUUGGAUCAUUUGGCUAUACCACGUCGGAUGUUAUUUAUCGAUGGAACAAAGAGCGUCCUGCAGUGGCCAUUGCGGAGGACAUGAAACUGUCACAAUUCGAUUUGGUCGAUUGUCCGGCUGGUAAUAUAACGGACAUUGUUUACAAGGCUGCCGCUCCAAUGCCGCAGCAAUACAACAACAAGGACACACUGUCACCCAAACUGCCACCGAACAGCAACAACAACAAGGCGAUGACAACAUUCGCGGGCCCGGGGGCCAAGAAUCAACAUGUUCGUGGCACUGGCUUAAAGCUGGACAAGGGUGCGUUUGGUUCGGGACGCGGCAUUGCCGGUGGCGGUGGUCUUGUCACGAAUCUGGCGGGCAGCAUCAGCUUGGAAACGCAUCAUCCAUCGGAGUACUCGAUGCUGAUGGUUAAUUUCCAUCUGCAGCGUCACAUGGGCAACUUUCUGAUUCAGGUCUAUGGACCCUGUUGCCUGCUGGUGGUGCUCAGCUGGGUAUCCUUUUGGCUGAACCGUGAGGCGACAGCAGAUCGCGUUUCUCUGGGCAUUACCACAGUGCUAACCAUGACUUUCUUGGGGUUGGAGGCGCGCACAGAUCUGCCCAAGGUGUCGUAUCCCACCGCUCUAGACUUCUUUGUGUUCCUCUCGUUUGGCUUCAUCUUUGCAACCAUUCUGCAAUUCGCCGUCGUCCAUUACUUUACUAAAUAUGGCUCCGGGGAGUGUUAUUUUAUUAUCGAGGAGCUUGAAUCGGAUUCCGGCGAAUCUGAGACGGAUGUUGAUGCCAGCGGGCAAUCGGAUUUUCGUGGCAGCAGUGAGUCCAAGAUCUACGAGGUCAUUCCGCUAUCCAUGUGUGCCAUCAAUAUGCCACCGUCCAGUGGCAGUCGUCUGGGUAUGCUCCACUCCAGACGCACCACACGCAAUCGUCGCCAUGGACUUACACGCUUCAGUUUCUGGCGCUGCCUGGAAUGGUGCAGCUGGAGUCGGCGACGGCGUCAGCCCCGCAAAGCAACCUGCUCCGAUGAGGAUGAGGAGGACGACGAACAGACCCAACUCCGUGCAGAUGACACACCCUGCACCUCGGCAGCAGCAGCUGCGGCGGUAGCAGCAGCAGCAAAAUCUGCUCAAACCCCAUCGCCCGUUGGGGGACGCAGGCGGAUGUCCUUCUACAGGCGAGAGGAGCUGGAGGCGCGUCGCAAAGGGAAACGGACACCACAAUACAAUUCCGUGUCGAAGAUUGAUCGAGCCUCAAGGAUUGUGUUCCCACUGCUGUUCUUUCUGAUCAAUGUGUUCUACUGGUAUGGCUAUUUGUCGAGGAGCUCGCGCAUUCUGGCCAAUGCGCCGACGAGCACCUGAUGUUACCUUUUAGCAAUUUAGACACAGUCCUAAAAAGAAAUCAAAACGCGUUCCACAAGGGAGAGCAGCGGCAAGGAUAAACAGAUGUGCGGUCUGUUUUGGAUAAACUAUGUAAUUCAAUUGAAUCUUUCGUCUUCAGUUGUUAUUUGCUCUUAACCUGAUUUGCUUAAACAGCUAUGAACGCUUUAUGGGAUUUCUUUUACGCGCUAAAUUGCUAAACACUAAAUGCAAAACUUACAUAUCACAGGACUACAAAUUGUACAUAUGUAUGUACAUACAUAUAUCGAUAUAUAAGCCAUAACGGUCUAGACAGUAUGUAUGUAUAACAUUUACUUAAAUAUUAUUUGUACAGUGAGCCCUCAAGUUGACUCUUCUCUGAGCCUUUAAAUGCUAAGUUAUAACCAAUACUAUAAAUGCUAAUUUGAAUAAGUUCUUAUAACAACUAUUUGUUGAGUUUGCCAAAGAUCUGUAAUGAAAUUGUUAGAAAUUUGCCGUGGCGCCAUUUGAAAAUGUGUUGCCAAAUCGAUUAAACUGGCAGCCAUAAGAUACGGCAAACAGUUGGUUACUAGUAAAAUAAACUCAAUUGAAUAAACUAUUGAGAUUGUUAAUGCACAACACACUAACAUAACUUUAAGCAUAAUUAACAUACUGAUUAAUGAGCAUGCCAGCAUUAAAUGUAAU